ACGACCCCAGAACGAAAACGAGGACUUAAAAAACCCUUUGUAUAACAAGUUGUACCAAAAACCAGCAACCAGCCGUGACGUGGACACGAAAAUUGACCUUCAACGCAACAAAAGGAAAGUCAACAUGUCCAGUGAGGAGAUCGAGAAGUGGUUGAACGAGAGUUGCCUGGAGCCCGAGCCAAUGGAAGAUGACUUGGCGAUGUCCGAACUGGAUAUAAAGAAGUUCAAGGAGACUGUCGAGAUCAAGAACAAGGAGUUUUUUGAAAAACCGGCGGUAAAAGAUGAUGAGAAAGGUAAAAACGAGCGGAAGUUGAUAUUUCAUCAAAAACGUAACACUUUAAAGAUAACUCCGAAUAAAAAUAUGUCGACGAAGAACAAACAAGCGUUCUCUCCUGAUAACGAGACAAGCGUGUACUCUUUUUGUCUUGAUGAUCAAGGACCACCUACAUCAACUCCUUUUAGACCAAAUCUACAUCUCGACACCAAAAGGAAACCAGAGCCAGAAGACAAACCAAAAUUAACUAAAACUCAACGUAAAAAUUCAAGUGUAGACACAUCCGACAUCUUUACACCACCAAAAGUGCUUCCUUCAACCAAACCCGUCGAGACCAAGUCUUGUGACACCAGUGUCGACGUUAUGGAUGUUGGCACAUCUAAAGAUUUAGAUUUGGGUAAUAUGAAGUCUUCGAUUGCUGUUCAGUGUGAUUUCCAAAGCGAUCAGCAAGCAACCAAGAUCACUUUGCCUCAAGGGAACUUGGCUGAUUUUAGGAAUAUGGAGAUUUCUACGCAGACUGAUUAUGCUUUGGCUAACGAGGGGCAUCUAUUUUAUAUUCCUUUGCAGAACUCAAAGACUGGAGAGAACAUCUCGGAGCAUCUCAUUCAAGGAGUUGCCGUCAAAUUAGGCACCGAAGGUCCAGACGGCCCCAACCAGCGCGUGAUAAUGCGUGCCAAACUAGUAACCAAAGCCCAAAUGUCUACCACCAACCAAACCCAAUUAGCAACAACAUCCCACGAAACUCUGACAGCCCUAUCACCAAGCGAAGACUCCCUAAUAAUGGCCAAGAAGACCAUUGACUUACCCAAAAGCAGACGAUCAAACCCUCCACCUGUCGGAACCGUACAACCACUAUCCAGGGAAGAAAAACACAUACCCAAGACUGUCAAUACAUCACCAAAUCUCACCUCUAACCAGGGCUCUCAAUUCAAGUCCUAUCUCAAGGAAAUGGAUGCACAGAAACACUUGAACGACAAGAAACCUGAUUUUAAAAUCAAUCGCCGAGUUGUGUCGCCUGGUUCUGAUAUUAAGAAGGUUGAACCAAAGGAGGUGAACAGUGGUGAGAUAUUGGAUGCUCCCACGUUUUACCCUUCGGAGAAACAGUUUAUGGAUCCUAUAGCAUUCAUUGAACAGAUCACGCCGAUUGCUUCCAAGUUUGGACUGUGCAGAAUUGUGCCUCCUGCUUCUUUUAAACCUGAUUGUAAGGUUGCUGAUGAUAUGAGGUUUACUGCUUACAACCAGUAUGUUAAUCGGAUGAUGUACAGGUUUGGACCUUCUGUUCAAGAAUUAUUGGCGAUUAAGAAGUAUUUGGAAACUCAGAGCAUCACCUUGACACAUGCACCUUUUAUUGGUGGAAUGGAAAUCGAUCUGCCAAGACUUUAUCACACUGUUCAAGAUCUUGGAGGUCUCAAAGAGGUGAUUGAAAAGAAGAAGUGGCACAGGGUUGCAGAAGAAAUGUGCAUACCCAAAUCAGCACAGGACAGGGUCACCAAGCUGGAUGAUAUUUAUUGUAAAUACUUACUACCCUAUGACACGCUGUCACCAGUGGAGAGACAGAAGCUGUUAUCCGAAGUGAAACAGGAGUGGACUCGAAAAGAGACUCUAUACCGCCAAAAACAACACGAAAAGAAUCAACACUACAAGCAGUAUGAGUCUGAUAACCAGCCUGACAAGGAAAGGGACACCGAUACCGAGAGCAACAACAGUAUUGAUGACUUCGAUUCUGAGACUGAUAGGGAUUUAAGGGAGUGUACUUUGAAGGGACGAAAUAUGGCUCUGAGUCAGUUCUUCAGGAUUGCAAGGAACACCAUGUCUGUAUGGUUUAAGAAUGGGGCACCUGAACCCAGCGAGGUUGAGAAACAAUAUUGGGAGCAUGUGUCUCGAAGAGAUAAACAUAUAUGUGUGCAUGUUGGCUCGAUUGACUCAUCAGGCUUUGGUUAUGGAUUUCCUGUCAAGAGUAGUCCUGUUGCUAGGCAUCCAUGGAACCUUAAGGUUUUAACAAAUAACAAUGGAUCAGUGUUAAGAUCUUUGGGACCAGUUAUGGGUUUGACUGUGCCAACUCUUCAUGUUGGAAUGUUAUUUAGUGCAUGUUGCUGGUAUCGGGAUCCUCAUGGAUUACCUUGGAUUGAAUAUCUUCACACUGGGGCAAAUAAAAUAUGGUAUGGAAUACCAGAUAGGGCAUCAGAUGCCUUCCGGGAUGCUUUAACAGUUUUGGCUCCACAAUCAGUACUUCCACAGACAAUUUGGCUGCCAUCAGAUUCAGCAAUGAUACCACCAGGUGAACUGUUGUCUCGAAACGUUCCUCUUUCGAGAACCGUCCAACGUCCUGGUGAAUUUGUCCUCGUGUGCCCUAGGGCUUACACUUCGAGUCUCUGCACCGGAUACGCUGUCUCCGAAAGUGUCUAUUACGCUACCACGGACUGGCUUGAAGGGGCUCAGCAGGAUUUCAAGGAUAUCCAAGAAAGUCGUGAACCAACAAUGUUCUCCCUCGACCAGCUCCUGGUGAGCAUCGCUUCAGAUGCAAGGGCGCAAGACGUUGUUUUGAAAUCGAUCCUGGAGCCUUUGCAGGAGCUGGUGGGACGAGAGAGUAGUGAACGUGAACAGUUUUUGAAAAUAGUCAAUGAUGGUUUGGAUAGUGCUGGUGAUUGUGAUAAAAGUGAACGUAGUGUUCAAGUGAAAGAACUCAAAGAUAAGGAGUGCGAUGUGUGCAGGGCUAAUCUCUAUGUCUCAAUGGUCUCCCACAAAGAAGAAGACUCCACCAUGUGUCUCAGACAUGCAAUACGCUUCCUGAACCAGAAAAGGCAAAAGAUCGCCAACGAGAACUCGAAGACAUCAGGAAAGAAGAAGAUUCUGAUCACCGAAAGGGAUUUCCUCAACAACUGGCAACUGGUCUACAGCUAUUCGAUCCAGGACCUGGAAAGUCUUUGUGAUAAAGUUAAGAGUCGGUUGGAAGAUGGAGGCUCAGUUGUCCAGGACAGUGUCAGUAGCAUCAGUGCUGGCAAGGGACAGGGUAAGAGGAAGAAAAAGUUUUAA